AUAACAGACACAAUGUCGUCUCACGUCAGUGUUAGCAUGCCAAGAAAAGAAAAUUUCACGUUAUGAACAAAAUUUUCUAUAAAUUAAAGAAAAUGUUUCCAAAAUAAUUUAAUACAUAACGUGCUCAAUAUUAAAAUGAAGCUUGUAUUUAAAAAUAUUGAUAAAGAUGGCAGCGGGUGCAUUGCUCUUGUACCCGAAGAGCCGGAGGAUAUGUGGCACGCUUACAACCUCAUAGCCGAGGGGGAUGUAGUUACAGCAUCGACCGUGCGAAAAGUGCAAACUGAAUCAUCCACUGGUUCUUCUACCAGCAACAGAGUGCGUACUACGCUCACGAUAAGGGUAGAAACUAUUGACUUUGAUACUCAGGCCUGUGUUUUACGAUUAAAAGGUCGUAAUAUUGUUGAAAACCAAUAUGUUAAGCUGGGAGCAUAUCACACUUUGGAUUUAGAGUUAAAUAGAAAAUUCACUCUACAAAAGAUAUUAUGGGACUCUGUAGCACUGGAGAGGGUGGAGAUGGCCUGUGACCCAGCGGCCUCUGCAGAUGUAGCAGCUGUGGUGAUGCAGGAAGGCCUUGCUCACGUUUGUCUUAUAACACCAUCUAUGACACUAGUGAGAUCAAAGAUUGAUAUGAAUAUACCAAGGAAACGAAAAGGAUUUGUUCAGCAGCAUGAAAAAGGCCUAAAUAAAUUUUAUGAAGCAGUCAUGCAAGGGAUUCUGAGGCAUAUUGAUUUUAGCAUUGUAAAGUGUGUAAUUCUUGCUUCACCUGGAUUUGUAAAAGAUCAGUUUUUUGAUUACAUGAUGCAACAGGCAAUAAAAAAUGAUAUUAAGCUGCUCAUUGAAAACAAAUCCAAAUUUUUGCUUGUUAAAGCAUCAUCUGGAUUUAAACACUCUUUAAAAGAAGUUCUACAAGAGCCAGCUGUGAUGGCAAAAAUCUCAGACACUAAAGCAGCAAGUGAAGUGAAAUUGUUGGAAAGUUUCUAUACAAUGUUACAGCUGGAGCCAGCUAAAGCCUUCUAUGGGAAAAGGCAUGUUGAAAUGGCUAAUGAAGCUAUGGCAAUUGAAACACUUAUGAUUUCUGACAAAUUAUUUAGGUGUCAGGAUAUACUGAAGAGAAAAGAGUAUGUGGGUCUAGUUGAUUCUGCCAGAGAAAAUGGCAGCGAUGUAAGGAUAUUUUCGAGUAUGCAUGUGUCUGGAGAACAAUUAGAUCAAUUAACAGGGAUUGCAGCAGUUUUACGCUUUCCGAUGCCGGAACUUGAAGACAGCGAUGGUGAUGAAGAAAAUGACUUUGAUUCUGAUUAGGACACAUUUUAUUAUUAUUGUAAAGAAACUUAAAUGUCCAUAUUUACAAAAUAAGUGUUGUGUUUUUAAUAAUUGUAAAAUAAGCACUGGGAAAUCUCACUUCUGAAAAUUGUUAUUUUAUGUUGACUUGUUAAAUAAUAAUUUUCUACCAUUAACAAAUAUCUUGUGUUAUUAAUUUAAUUUAGUGC